UAUCGAAAUACAAAUACAAAAGAGAAAUGAAGCUCAGCUUGUGGUUGUGGCUCUGCCUCGUGGGCAGCAGUGUGGCACUUAGAAAGCAUUUCUGUAAACGGAAUAUGUCCGUUAGCAGCAUGGUGCCCGUUAAUAAGCAGCCUUCGAAAUGGAUGUUCUGGAAGAAGGUUCAAGAAAUCAUCAAAACCUAUGCCACACACGAGGAGCAGAUCAGCUACAAAGUCAUCUUGGAAUGCUGCCCAGGCUAUCUGCAAGUGGCCACUGGACUCUGUGAACCGAUCUGUGAGCAUGGCUGCCCCACCUUCGCCAGUUGUGUGGCGCCACAGCGUUGCCAGUGCAACGCAGGCUACGUAUCUGCCACUAGUCAACGUGACAACAGCCACUACUGUGAGCCAGUCUGCGAUUCGUUCUGUUCCGAUGUCAGCGAAUGCGUCGGACCCAACACCUGUGCCUGCAAGGAAGGCUAUAACGCUGCUCAGCCCGUUGGCGAUGCUGUGAGUGUUCCUUGUUUGCCCAGUUGUCGCCUGAACAAUGGCUGUGAGAAUGGAAAAUGCGACGAGGCAGCUGAUAUCUGUGUCUGCAACGAGACGUAUACGUGGAGUACGAUUCUGCACGCCUGCAUUCAAACACACUUUAGGCCCAUAACCGAAGAGCAAUCAGUGGAGCAGCAAGAGAUGACUACGAUCAGGGAGCAGGGCAUUGAGGAGCCCAGCAAACCAAUCGUCUGCGAAAAGGGGCUUGUUCUCUAUGCGGGCCAAUGUCGUGCCGAGUUUGUUGAGAGCAACGAGUUGCAGGUGAAGCAUUGCCGCCACACCGGCUGUGGAGCACAUCAGACCUGCGACGAGGCGACUGGCAACUGCACCUGCAACAUUGGCUAUUCGAAGGAUGAACCCAAGGAAGGCGUCACCACGCUAACGUGUCAUCGCAGCAUCUUGGGCGACAAAUUGAGAAUCAAUGAGGCUGUUGAUGACAAAUAUGGGUUCAACUUUUUCAUAAUACUCGGCUUCUCGUCUGGCUUUCUUUUUGUGCUCAUCGUGGCCGGCUUGACUACGCGCAUCCGACGUGGUCAUCAUGGGGGAUCUCAGGAAGUGCUGCAAUGUGAAUUCUCGCAGAAAACUUAUGAUGUGAGUGAGCUUGUGCCAUGAGCAGUUGACAUCAUUGGCAUGGGCUGUGCUAGUUGAAGUUUCAUUAUUAGUCGCUAAGUUU